AUGAAAAGUUAUCGACGUUAUCUCUAUCAGAGUGUGAUAUUUUUUCUAUUAUUAAGCAGCUCGGUGACGUUUGCAAAACAACAAGAGGUUCCGUUCUUAAAAGGUACUUUAUCAGAAAAAUCACGCCCCUCUGUACAAGAUAAGGGCAACGAUACUUGCCCGCCAUGUUUCAACUGUAUGCUUCCUAUUUUCGAAUGCAAACAGUUUUCUGAAUGCAAUUCGUAUACUGGUAGAUGUGAGUGUAUAGAAGGGUUUGCAGGAGAUGAUUGUUCUCUGCCCUUGUGUGGUGGUCUUUCGCCGGAUGAAAGUGGUAAUAAGGAUCGUCCCAUAAGAGCGGAAAAUGAAACCUGUCACUGUGAUGACGGAUGGGGUGGAAUCAAUUGUGACAUUUGUCAGGAGGAUUUCGUUUGUGAUGCGUUCAUGCCCGAUUCCAGUAUUAAGGGGACGUGUUAUAAGAAUGGUAUGAUUAUAAAUGAAGUCUUUUCGGGCUGCAAUGUUACUAAUGAAAAAAUCUUACAAAUCUUGGGUGGGAAAAUACCACAAAUUACAUUUGCUUGUGAUAAACCUAAUCAGGAAUGUAAUUUCCAGUUUUGGAUAGAUCAGUUGGAAAGUUUUUACUGUGGAUUGAGCGAUUGCGCUUUUGAAUACGACUUGAGCCAGAAUACCUCUCAUUAUAAGUGUAAUGACGUCCAAUGCAAAUGUAUCCCCGAUACAAUGUUGUGUGGUGCUAAAGGGUCUAUUGAUAUUUCGGACUUUUUAACAGAGACUAUAAAAGGGCCGGGAGAUUUCAGUUGUGAUUUGGAAACAAGGCAAUGCAAAUUCAGCGAACCUUCUAUGAAUGAUUUGAUUUUAACUAUUUUCGGCGAUCCCUAUAUCACUUUGAAAUGUGAAUCUGGUGAAUGUGUUCAUUAUAGUGAAAUACCAGGUUACAAAUCACCUUCAAAAGAUCCAGCAGUAUCAUGGCAAGGAAGAUUGGUCUUGGCGUUGACUGCUGUGAUGGUCUUGGCGCUUUUCACAUUUGCUACCUUUUAUAUCUCUAAAUCCCCGCUAUUUAGAAACGGGCUGGGUUCUUCAAAGUCUUCCGUUCGCUUGCCGGAUGAAGAUGCCGUAAGCAAUUUCUUACAAAAUGAAGAUGACACAUUGGCAACUUUGAGUUUUGAAAAUAUCACGUACAGUGUUCCCUCAAUAAAUUCUGGCGGUGUUGAAGAAAUUGUGUUAAACGAAAUUAGUGGUGUCGUAAAGCCUGGUCAAAUCAUGGCUAUCAUGGGUGGAUCCGGUGCAGGCAAGACGACUUUAUUAGAUAUUUUGGCAAUGAAAAGGAAAACCGGCCACGUUUCUGGUAGCAUCAAAGUUAACGGUAUCAGCAUGGACCGUAAAGCCUUUUCAAAAAUAACCGGGUUCGUUGACCAAGAUGACUUUUUAUUGCCUACUCUAACUGUCUUUGAAACUGUCUUGAACAGUGCACUAUUGAGACUGCCCAAGGUACUAUCUUUUGAGGCCAAGAAGGCACGUGUUUAUAAAGUGCUGGAAGAAUUAAGAAUUAUUGAUAUUAAAGAUCGUAUUAUUGGCAAUGAAUUUGAUCGUGGUAUCAGCGGAGGUGAAAAACGUAGAGUCUCAAUUGCAUGCGAAUUGGUGACAUCUCCAUUAGUAUUAUUCCUGGAUGAACCUACUUCUGGCUUGGAUGCUAGCAACGCUAAUAAUGUUAUUGAAUGCCUAGUGAGGUUAUCCAGUGAUUAUAACAGAACUUUGGUGUUAUCCAUUCAUCAGCCGAGGUCAAAUAUAUUCUAUUUAUUUGACAAACUGAUCCUAUUGAGUAAAGGUGAAAUGGUGUAUUCUGGAAAUUCCAAGAAAGUUUCAGAAUUUCUAAGAAAUGAGGGAUAUACUUGUCCUGAUAAUUAUAAUAUUGCGGAUUAUUUGAUCGAUAUCACUUUUGAAACCGUUCCUCAGGGGAAGAGGAGAAGAAUUCGGAACAUUUCUGACUUAGAAGCUGGCACGGACGCCGAUGAUGUUGAUGUUGACAAUACUAUUCACCAGACAACAUUUACGAACAGUGAUGGUACCACACAAAGAGAAUGGGCCCAUCUCGCUGCCCAUAGAGAUGAGAUUAGAUCACUGCUUAGAGACGGUGAGGACGCAGAGGGGGCGAAUGGAGGCUCCACUGAAAUUGAUUUGAAUACCAAGAUAUUACAUGAUAAAUACAAAGAUAGCGUUUAUUAUGCCGAACUUUCUCAAGAGAUCGAAGAAAUCCUGAGUGAAGGUGACGAAAUCAGCAACAUCUGGAAUGGAGACCUCCCCACAGGUCAAGAAUCUGCUGGCUUCCUGCAACAGCUAUCGAUAUUAAACUCAAGAAGUUUCAAAAAUAUGUACAGGAACCCUAAGCUUUUAUUGGGUAAUUACUUGUUAACCAUUUUAUUGAGUGUAUUCCUGGGGACACUGUAUUACAAUGUCUCAAAUGAUAUUAGUGGGUUUCAGAACAGAAUGGGAUUGUUCUUCUUCAUACUGACGUAUUUCGGUUUUGUUACAUUUACUGGCCUGAGUUCAUUUGCCCUGGAAAGAAUCAUUUUCAUUAAAGAAAGGUCUAACAACUAUUACUCGCCAUUCGCAUACUACAUCAGUAAGAUAAUUAGCGAAGUGGUGCCGUUACGAGUAGUGCCACCCAUACUAUUGUCAUUAAUUGUUUAUCCAAUGACCGGCUUAAACAUGAAAGACAGCGCCUUUUUCAAGUGUAUUGGGAUUCUUAUAUUGUUUAACCUUGGAAUAUCACUGGAAAUCCUAACUAUCGGAAUAAUUUUUGAAGACUUGAACAACUCCAUCAUACUAAGUGUGUUGGUGCUCUUGGGCUCCCUUCUAUUUAGCGGAUUGUUUAUUAAUACUAAGAACAUUACAAACGUGGCCUUCAAGUACCUGAAAAAUUUUUCGGUCUUUUACUAUGCCUACGAAUCCCUACUGAUCAACGAAGUCAAGACAUUGAUGUUGAAAGAGAGAAAGUACGGCUUGAACAUCGAGGUUCCCGGAGCUACUAUCUUGAGCACGUUCGGGUUUGUCGUUCAAAACCUUAUUUUCGACAUCAAGAUUUUGGCAUUGUUCAACAUAGUGUUUUUAUCAAUGGGGUAUUUAGCCCUUAAAUGGAUAGUUGUGGAACAAAAGUAG